AUGACGGCCGUCGUGAAGAAGUCGCUGACCAUCACCAACUCGAACUCGCAGCCGGUGGCCUUCAAGGUGAAGACUACUGCGCCCAAGCAGUACUGCGUGCGCCCCAACUCGGGUCGCAUUGAGGCUGGCGAGCGCGUCGAGGUCCAGGUUCUCCUGCAGCCCUUCAAGGAGGAGCCCCCGACGAGCGCCAAGUGCCGUGACAAGUUCCUGGUCCAGUCGGCGGUGAUCUCUGCUGACAAGGAGACCUUGCCCAUGACCGAGUUCUGGGCGCUCCAGGAGCGCGAGAAGGAGUCCAUCUUUGAGCACAAGAUCCGCUGCGCCUUCCUCCCCCCCUCUAGCGCUACGGUGCCUGAGGAGAACGAGGCGUCGGAGGGUGCGUACGACAACCAGAGCGCCAUCCAGAGGGCCAAGGCGGCUGCCCUUGCUGCCGGCUCGGCUACGGCCGCCGGUGCGGGUGCGGCGUACGCCGCCGUCAAGGACCAGGGUUCGCGUGCUGUGACCGGUGCCCAGGAAGUCGUCUCGCCCGCCGUCUCGUCGCCGACUUCGGUGCGCAGCGCGGGUGCUGAGCCCCCGAUCUCGAUCGCCUCGCUGAACGGCCUCGCUGCGUCGCCCACCGCGGCCACCACGACCUACCCCGCGACUUCGACUGCGGUGCCCGCUGCCGCCUACACCUCGAGCGUGCCGGUGACGGCCAGCUCGCCCCAGGAGCUCGAGGCCGAGGUGCAGCGCCUGCGUGCCCAGCUCGCCUCGCAAGGCGGCGUGGCCACCCGCAGCGGUGCCGUUGCCCAGAAGUCGAGCGGCGUUCCCGUGCACAUUGUUGCUGCGAUCGCCGUCGGUGUCUUUGCCAUCACCUACCUGUUUUUUUGA